GGUUUUUGAGAACCAUUCAUCUGUGUGGUGUCGACCCAAAUUAUAAAAUUGCUUCAUUUUGAGAAAACAUUUACAUUUAUUUUGUAUUUAUACGGGCUGUGCAACUCAAAGGUUAACUUAUAUCAAUGCAAAAACGGCCAUUGCCGUUAAAAGAACUUCAUAACGUAAUGGCGCCACCAAGGUUGGCGACGAAGCCAAUCGGCGCCAAUGAGAACUUGAACGGUAUUUUGACCCAUGGCAUAACGACGAGAAGCAAACAGUUGGCUUCUCUGAAGACACACAAGGACAGUUUAAAACUUCCAAACAAGAGGAAAGCUGACAGCCCUCUGAAAGAUGCGACGGCGAAAAGGGCGGCAUUUGGAGACAUCACCAACGCUUACAAUAAAUCAUGCACUGACAAAGCCCUGCCCGCCAAGAAAGUGACAGUGGAGAGUAAAAUCCUCCCUAUAGUUAAGACUGUCAAACCACAAACUACAUUGUUGAAUGGCAAACCUUCCAAAGCUAAGCAGCUUCAAAGAGUUGCCUCAAAUGCAUUGGAGUCUGUACAGAAGCAUUUCGCCAAGGAUCCUCCCAAACCGGUAGCCACCAGAGCUCAGAACGGCAUUCUGAAGAACAUUGAGAGGAAGGACAAAGUUGGCAAGGAGAAUCAGAACCAGAGCCAGAGCUCUGUCAAAUCUGGCAGGAGUUCUGGGGAGCCCUCGCUUUAUGUGACCGCAUUGGAGAACAUAAGCCCAUCGGAACUGACGAAAGAAGAGAAGACAAUCAGCGAGAAGCUGGACCAGGUUAACUUGGACGACACCGUCAGAUCUCUGGACAGCGAGACCGAGACCCCGCACAAGCCCCCGUCGGGCGUCCCGGACUUCGACUUGGAGAACUGGAACGAUCCAUUCCAAGUUUCCCAUUAUGCCAUGGACAUUUUUAACUACUUGAAGGGUAGAGAGCGGCUAUUCCCAAUAGACGACUACCUCCAAAGGAUGGAAGGUAUCACGUCUUGGAUGCGCGCCCUGCUUGUAGACUGGAUGGUGGAGGUGCAAGAGAGCUUCGAGCUGAACCACGAGACGUUGUAUCUGGCCGUGAAGCUGGUCGACCUGUUCCUGACCCGCUCCUCGAAGACACAGCCCAGACAUGAGCAUUUGACGAAGGAGGAGUUGCAGCUGCUGGGCGCUUCGGCGUUGUUCAUCGCGUCUAAGUUUGAUGAGCGCAUCCCGCCGCUAGUGGACGACUUUCUCUACAUCUGCGACGGCGCGUACACCCUGAGCCAGCUGCUCAAGAUGGAGAUGAACAUCCUGAAGGUCAUCGACUUCGACCUCGGCAUCCCGCUGUCGUACAGAUUCCUCAGGCGAUAUGCCAGAUGCGCACGCGUAUCAAUGCCGACGCUGACGCUGGCGCGGUUCGUGCUGGAGCAGUGCCUGCUGGAGUACAACCUGCUGGAGCACUCGGACAGCAAGAUGGCCGCCGCCGCGCUCUACCUCGCGCUCCGGAUGAAGUCCCUGGGCAGUUGGAGCGAGACUUUACAGUAUUACACAGGUUACACCACAAAGGACAUCCUGCCGAUUGCGAUCGCUCAAAACGCAGCCCUGCACAAGAAACCCAAGUCCGCAAUCAGCACAGUACGCAACAAGUACUCGCACAGUAUUUUCUUCGAGGUAGCCAAAGUUCCACUCAUCGAGGACUCCGUUCUCAGCAGCUGAGACGAGCCACGUGGCACUUUACAUGUCGUCAGAACGCUAUUGAGGUGGGUCCAAAUUAUUUAAAUUGUAUUCUAUGCAAUUUGUGCUGUAAUUCGUAACAUUAUCUUUGCUGUAGUCUGAUGACUGUAGCAAUUGGACUAAUUGUAAAGUUGACAGGAACUUUGUAGACAGUGGCUUGUCACAUGCAGCAGUACAUAUUGAUAAUGAAUGCAACCUAUUUUUUUUACUUUAUGUACAAAGACUAAUUUAUGGUUUGUCUUGUGUGGUUCCCAGAACUUUAGAAAAGGACAACAUCAUCUCUUUCUGGUGGAUGUCUUAGAUUAUUUUGUAAUAAACUAAACCAAGCUUUUUGGUCCUUCCCAAGGAGGACAACAGAGGAAAACGCUAAUAGACUAAAAUAAGACCGAUAAUAUCCAUGUGUAACCUCCGUUUUGCCUGUGACACUAGCCAGUUUGCUACUAAGCUGUUGUCAACUGAAUUUCUGUGUAUUAAACCCUGCAAACGCUCUUGUGUUUUACCGCUUAAGUCCCAGCAUCAAAGCUAAAAUAACAAAAGGAAAUUAGUUAUAAUAUAGCAGAUUUAAUGUAAGGUGCCACAUUGGCUCUGAGCUAUAAUGUUAAUGUUUGACAUAAAAAAAUAGAAUAAUUGGUGCGGAUAAGCGUUAUUUAGACGACGUCGCUGCCCGCAAGUGUAACAAACACUAGAUAGUAAUAAAUCUAGAUCAAUUAAGGUAUUUAGGUUAACUAUUUACGUUGUAAAGCGGCGGUUGCAUGGUAAAAUGCAAAUUGUUGAACUUUUGUAGUAGAUGUAUUGCGUUUUUUUAAGCAAAGUUUAUUAUACAACUCUUUGUCUGAAAAUUAAGACUGAUAAAUUUUGCAAUAGACUUAGGAGGACUUCUGCUGAAGUGCUUCAUUGUUUGCCAAUGACCAACCCGCCAUAAGAUUGGUGGAAAUUGACAUAACGAAGAUUCUUUUGUGGUAUCUCUAGUUUGAAAAAAUAUAUAUAUAUAUACCAAAAUCAUCAUGCUAUCACUGCCUAACCAUAUCUGACAGACCAAAAACUUAUACCUAAUCUACAUUCCAAUAUUUCCUUCCGCGUCGCUUUUUAUCUUAUUGUCUUCCUAUAGGAAAAUAUAGGGCAAAUCCGUAUCACCUACGGAAAGCAAUGUGUGUAGAUUUAACGCGUUUGUUUGUAAGGGAUCGUCUAAUCUGGAAUGACGCGUCCAAUAUCUAUUAUCAAAACUACGUUUUUUUACCUUAAAAAAACCCUUUCUUUGGAAUGCCAGCAGUCCAAGCGAAUAAGUAAUGAAAAAAAGUUAUAGAAUAAAUACAAACUCUUUCUCAUGGAUGUAUAAGGCGACUAAGGGAUAGGCUUAUAAUACUUGAGAUUCCUCUUUUAGGCGAUGGGCUAGCAACCUGUGACUGUUUAAAUCUCAAUUCUAUCAAAAGCAGCUGAGCGUAGCCUUUUAGUCUUUUGAUGACUGUUGUCUCUGUCUACCCCACAGGUGAUAUAGACGUGAUUAUAUUGUUUUGUUAAAAAAAUACGGUCAUACUGAGAAGCUUGGUUUUAAAAGUUGGUUAAAGAAAGUUGUAAAUUAUAACAUGUAAUAUGAUAAAUGUUAUAAGAAUUAUAUAAUGUAACGUUUUAUAAUGUUCUAUUUGAAACGAAAACAAAACGAAUGUGGAAUACUUGGAGGCGUCCUUUUGAUUAGACUUUCUGUAUUUGAUCGCUUAUUUAUAUUGAGAAUAAGUCCAAAGUGACUUUAUCACGGGGCCAUGAAUUAUAACAAAAAAUACGCUUCACGAUUUUGGGUAACUGGUCAAUGAUUCAAUAUGAAAUUGUCCUUUCUUUUCGAAAUGUCUAAUGAACGAGGAUCGUUGACGUAUGUAUGUUUUUAUAUGCGUAUAUGUAGUAUGUAUUCAACUUGGCACGCUUUGCUAAUACUCUUUUAAUUUUAAUUAUUAUUAAUGGAUUUUUGUAAUGUUUUAAUUAAUUUACAUAGUAAUUAUUGUGAGGUUCUCGCGCCAUUGUCAUGUUUUGUAAUUUAUCACAUUUUAAAGAGUACAAAAUAUUGGAAUGUUAUAAUAAUGUUGUUCAUUAAUGGUAAGUUUUAGAUUAAUUUCACUUUUA